AGGACUUGAACCGGCGCCCAUAUGGGAUGCCAGCACUGUAGGCGGUGGUUUUACCCGCUAAGCCACAGAGCCGGCCCCCAAAUAGUAUUUAAAAUUUAUGUGACCGGCUUUUACAACUCUAGCUUCAGGUGCUUUUCUUUGUUCCUCUCCCCCAGACUCCGCUGAAUUUUGCAGGGUACUGAUCUUGAUAGUCGCGCUGGCAGGACAGGAACUACAUUGCCCAGAAUGCUGUGCGCCCAGCCUACGAACGUUUUGACCAAUGAAGGCCUAAAAGACUUCCGCGAGUGCGCACAGCCUUGGGGCGGGACUUCCGGCGCGCUAGGCUGGGCGAUCGUUUUGCUGGUUUCUGAUUUGGUUAGCCCAGCGCAGGUCGCAGCCUGGUGCAGACCCUAGUAGCUGGAGCGCAAAGGGGUUAGGGCAGGCGUUUCUCCCCGCUGCAGACGGAACAGACGUGAGGUUCGGUGUGAGCGGCGCCCAUUCGCUCCCAGACUCUCCGGCCUUGGCGCUUCCCGAGGUCCCAGUCUGCCCGCAGCCUCUGUGGCAGCGGCCAAGAUGGUGAAAUCGCCCGGGGUGAGUGCUGCCGGCUCCAGAUCCUCACCCAGAGCUUCCCGUGGCAGCUGAGGGCUUUGUGGAACCGUCACAGGGCCAGGUGACCUUUGAGGAUGUCGCUGUGCACUUCUCCCAGGAGGAGUGGGGGCUCCUUGAUGAAGCUCAGAGGUGCCUGUAUCACAGUGUGAUGCUGGAGAACUUUGCACUUACAGCCUCGCUGGGGUGCUGCCAUGGAGUACAGGCUGAAGCAGCCCAUCCUCGGCACACUGCUUCCCUAGAAGUAGUGCCUCGGGCCAGGGCUCCAGAGCCUGGUCCAGCCAUCCCCAAACCUCAUCCCUGUGAGAUGUGUAUCCUAGUCACGAAAGACAGCUUGUUCCUGGCUGCGCACCAGGGAGCACUUCCUGGGCAGAAACCAGACACUUGUGUGACAAACAUGAUCUUGCCUGUGAGUAACUGCGAAGUCCCUAUCUCAGAAAACCCUUUCACAUGCAAAGACGUUGAGAAGAAUUUUCUGGCCAGCAUGGGCCUUCAGCACCUGACUAACCGCAGUAGUGGGUAUCCGCCUGUAAGCAGGGAGACCUUUCAGAAGGAGCAAAGGCACUGCAAAUGGAGCAACCAUGAGAGAGCUCACAGUGCAGAAAGAGCUUAUGAACGCAGUGAAUGCGAGAAGUCUUUGAACUCCAGUGAUUCAGAUGUGAAGCACCACAGAACUCACAAUGGAGAAAAGCCUUAUGUGUGUAACAUGUGUGGGAAAUCAUUCCUCCACAAACACACGCUGACAGGGCACCAGCAGAGAAUCCACACCGGAGAACGGUCUUACGUGUGCACUGAAUGUGGGAAGUCCUUGAGUUCCAAAUACUCACUUGUUGAGCACCAGAGAACUCAUAACGGAGAAAAGCCUUAUGUGUGCAAUGUAUGUGGGAAGUCAUUCCGCCACAAACAAACGUACGUUGGGUAUCAGCAGAGAAUCCACACUGGAGAAAGGCCUUAUGUGUGUGUUGAAUGUGGGAAAUCUUUUAUUCAGUCCUCUGACCACGUCCGACACCAGAGAAUUCACAGUGGAGAAAGGGCCUAUGAGUGCAGUGACUGUGGGAAAGCCUUCAUCUACAAACAGUCACUUCUUGACCACCAGCGAAUCCAUACUGGAGAGCGACCUUAUGAGUGCAAGGAAUGUGGGAAAGCCUUUAUCCACAAGAAGAGACUCCUGGAGCACCAGAGAAUUCACACCGGAGAGAAACCAUACGUGUGCCCCAAGUGCGGCAAGGCCUUUAUUCGCUCAUCUGACUAUAUUCGACACCAGAGGAUACACAGUGGGGAACGGGCUUAUGCAUGCAGUGACUGUGGGAAGUGCUUCAUCUGCAAACAAUCGCUUCUGAAGCACCACAAGAUUCACACUAGGGAAAGACCUUACGAGUGCAAGGACUGUAGGAAAUGCUUCUACCUUGAGGCUAAACUUCUUCAGCACCAGAGAAUCCAUGCGAGACAACAAACUUAUGAGUGUUAUGAAUGUGGGAAGGCUUUCAGCCACCAAAACAAGCUUCUUGAGCACCAGAGAAUCCACAGCGGAGAAAAGCCUUGUGAGUGUAGCGAAUGUGGGAAGUGCUUCAGGCACCACACCGGCCUCAUUCAACACCAGAGGGUUCACAGUGGAGAGAGGCCUUACAGAUGCACUGCCUGUGGCAAGUCCCUCAUCUACAAAAACAAACUGAUGGAGCACCAGAGAAUCCACACUGGAGAAAAGCCCUAUGAAUGCAGUCAGUGUGGGAAGACCUUCAACAAACGGUAUUCCCUCGCUAGGCACCAGAAAACUCAUACAAGAGAAAGGCCUCAGUCACUCAUGGGAAGCACUGUCACCAUGGUCACAACUCACCAAAGGCCGAUAUUUCAAGGGCUGCAGACAGGAGCUGAACCUCCUAUCUCAAAGCCAGAGGUUCACCAUGAGAGCUAAGCGCUUGAGAAACUUUCUGCAGCUAACUUGCACUCUACAGUCUGCUUAGCACUAAGCACAUGCUGCCCCAUGUUAUAUCCCCAGCCCUUAAGGGAAUCCUGAAUAAUAGGAACCUUUGGGGGGUCAUAUUCCACCCUGCUGAACUGUUUUCAGACAGACAAGAACCUGCACUGGCCAGAACCAUCUGAGUUCUGCUGGCUUGGAGGUUUUUGCUGUCUUCGUAGAUACCAUUUGUGUGAUUAAUGUUCCCUAUUUCAAAUCACCUGAGGGAAACAGCCUGUCUCAGUAUGUACUGAUAAAUACCUGACUGUUCAGGCCAUUUUUAGCCUUGGUGGGGGCACAUGUACCAUGCAGGAUCGGUUUGGAACUGAAUUGUGCUCUGCCGCUGUGAAGGGGGAACAGCUUUGGUGGGUUAGUCUUCAUGUGGCUCGAUGGCACCCUAUGCAUCAGAAAAUAAUCCUUAGUCUUGUUAUAAUUUUCCUUGCUGACUUGGGCCUCCUAGGCAAGACUGCAGGGCCGGGCGAUCCUAACUGUACGGUGUGGAUGACAUGUAUUUCUAAGGGGCUCUGUGUGAGUUUUGUUCCCAGUGAUACUCUGUGUACCUGGCACACUUCAUGGGAAGCUAUUUCCCAAGUCCUUUCCAAGUACAGGAUUUGGUAGGCAGUUUGUGAGACUGACAGGGGCCAGGUACAAUGUGACUUAUUGGCUCAGAGGUCCCUGUAGUAAAUGGGGAGUGGAGAAGAUUGCAGCUAAGCGCAUCCAGAAAGAGCCAUCUUACUCUGGCUUUACACUUUGGAGGUACAGACAGAUCUCAGCAGGCUUAGAUGUUUCUUCUGUGGUCAGUUACUGUCAGCAUAAACAUCUUAGGGACUCAGAACUUUUGCAGACUGUUUUGAGUGCUGUACAGGCAGGAAAGCAGUUUGAAGGCAGACAGGUCUAUCAUCAAAGUAUGAUGACACUUCAAAGUGUAUGGAAAAUGCAUAGUAUAAAAACUAUGGGUUUCAAAAUAUUUUUGCUCCAAAAUCAACAUCUUUUAAUUGUAUCCGUGAACUUUUGUGAAGUGCCCUUGUGUGUGGUUUUAAGACUAAAAUUUCUUAAGUGUCUCAGAUGGGGAUUAUCUUCACUGCUUGCCACUAUUGCUGCCAUGGGAAAGGCUGUCCUUCAUAACUUAUGAAUUUUUAAUUAUAACUAAAUCUUGAAAAAAAAAAGGUGGGGCAUAGAUUUAUAUUUUUGUGUAAACCACUUUAAAAGUUUUAAAACUUUAAAAAUUUCAUUCAUAGUUUUUGUAUUUUCUCAAGUAAUCUUGAUACGUCUUAUAUUCAAAAUGUGUGUAUACUUCGUUUGUCUUCAUUUGCUACAUUUAAUGUUUUUCAAAGAAUUUGGAUGAAGUCUAAGAAGUAUGUCUAAUUUAAAGAUAUUAAGUAGCUCUUAAGGAUCUAAGCCCUAAAUGCCACAACACCUAGGUUAUAGAAAACAAAACUUGUAAUAGCAUCAAAUGUAGUGAUACCAGGGUACUUUAAAAAGUCUGCAGAAAUUUUGGAUGAAAACGUUUAUUUUGGUGCAAAAACACUGAAAUCCAUGCAAGCUGUUCUCAAAAUAUGCAUUUUCUAUAAGCUUUUUGAAGACUCCUUGAAUAUAUUUUACAAGUACACAAAAACAAACUUUUAAUUCCAUUUUCCAUGAACUUUUAAAAGUAUCCUUGUGUAUAACAUAAAGAAGAUACAUUCUCAGAAAACUAAAACAUCACCGGCAAUCAUGUCUAAAUAAGACGACGGGUUUUAGAGCACUUAUUAUGUCCUGUUAAAGGUCUAGGCAUGUUAGGACAAUCUGCACAUUAGAAACUGCGGAGAAAUGGUUUUGACCUGUACUGGUAGCUUGUGUUUCAAGAAGCAAAAGUGGGUAAGCUACAUGGACAGCUAGCACAGCUAAAGCAAAAUGGGGAGAAGCCCUCACUGGAUACUUAAGCCAUGGUAGGGAACAAAGAUGUGAGAAAACAUGCAUUCUUACAAGAGGGUGUUUUGCUUCUCGUGGUAGAAGAGGUAGCUCAAGGACAAUAGCCUGGAAUCUCGCCAGCUGAACUACAUGAAACAAACCUGUGGAAGACCUGGGUCUCCCUAACCAACAGAACUUCACGAAUUCAGAAUGCAGUUCACACAAGCUGCAUUGCCUCAUGAAUACAGAUAUGUCAAUAAUACAAUUAGGAUUGGGCAUCGGUUUCACUUCAGAUUUGCUGAGGAAGAAGGGUAUUAAACAUGCCACAAUGGGAACCGGCUAUGUUCAUAUCCACAAGGGACUUGGAAUCCACACUUUCCAGGGACUUUAAAUCUGCAAGACUUUAAACCCCAGGACUCAGUAUAUGUGCAAGUGCCAGAGGAAGAUACUAUAAUUCUGAUAUAUAAUUUUUGUAACCUAUUUGUUGUAGUACUUGUGAACUUGGCAAGGAUAGUCUGACAAGCCUAACAAAACAGUGUCAUUGGCAGCACUGAAAUAUAAAAUGUAACAAGUCCUUGAUGCAGCAGACAGCCACACAGGUAAUGACCACAGCUUUUGCAUAAAAGUAUACUAAAUAGUUUGGCUCAUUUAAGAUUUAUUUGAAAGGCAGAGUUACAGAGAAGCUGAGGCAGAAAAAGAGGUCUUCCAUCCACUGGUUCACUAUUCCCCAGAUGGCUACAACGGCUGGAGCUGCACUGAUCCAAAGCUAGGAGCGAGCUUCCCUGGGGCUGUCAGGUGAAGGGGGCCAAGGACUUGAACCGUCUUCCACUGCUUUCCCAGGCCAUAGCAGAGAGCUGGAUCAGAAGUGGAACAGCCGGGACUCAAACCAGUGCCCAUACCCACUAUGCCACAGUGUGAGUCCCUAGCCCAUUUAUUUUUAAAAAGCUUAUGGAGAAGCCGGUGCCUGUGGUGUAGGGGGUAAAGGUGCAGCCUGCAGUGCCAGCAUCCCAUAUGGGCACCGGUUCUAGUCCUGGCUGCUCCACUUCUGAUCCAGCUCUCUGCUAUGGCCUGGGAGAGCAGUGGAAGAUAGCCCAAAUGCUUGGGCCCCUGCAGCCACAUGGGAGACCCAGAAGCAGCUCGUGGCUUCAGACCGGCUCAGCUCCGGUUGUUGUGGCCAUUUGAGGAGUGAACCAGAAGAUGGAAGACCAAUCUGUCUUUACCUCUCUCUUUCAAAAAAAAAAAAAAAAAAAAAAACAAGAGAUGGCAGAGAAUUCCAUAACAGUCAGAGGCCUAUUUUCCACAGGCCAUUUCUUACAAGUGACAGGAUUCAGGAACAAGAAAACCAGGACGGAUGACCUUCAGGCAUAGUGGAGCACAACGGAGCUGACAAACAGUGAAGCUGUGACAUGAUAUAUCUUGUCAUCCUUCCGCAGGAACAAGGACCUCACUUCCCUUUCCCACUGUGGCAUUAAGCGCAGCCAGAUCUAUAAGAAAGUACGGUCACGAGAGGGCAGCAGCUCAGGCUCUCCUGUCCUCUUCAUCUGUACCCACAGUCCCAAGGCAGCCUGACUGCCAGAGAAAACUCCAAUCUUGAUUAACACUUCUCCACUGUGUGAUUUUCGGGAGUUCAUUUCAUUUCUUCCUAAAUUUCUGUGUCAACACAAUAAUAGUUCCCCUGUCAACAGGUUAAGAACUAAAGGGAUAAUGUUUAUAAAGCAAACACCAGGAGUCUGGCUCACUCGGUGUUCCUUGUGUUUGUUACUUUUGUUAAUUCCCUCACCACCAUGAAAUAAACGCCACCAUCCCCUCCACUCUAGUUAGCUAUCUUUGAGGUAGGCAGCUCCACACCACUGCCCAGGGUCCCCAGUCAGACAACAGCGAUGGGGUCUGACUGUGGUUCUCUCAGGUCAAGGGUCUGCGGGAACCAUAAGCACCACCACCGAGAAUCCACAGCAAUGGGACGUGAGUCACUUCCAGCAACUGUUGCUGUGAAGUCCACCUUGGCCAUUCCCGACCUCUGAGCACUCGAGCAAGAGGUGGAGCUGUGCUCACCCACCGUGCAGAGCAGCGUCCCCAGGAGUGCCGUCCACCUGGGGAGUGGAAGGACCCUGACCUGCUCCUCCUGAACCCUGGGCCCAUGGGCCUUGCUCCUCUGUGUCCUACAAUUCCGUGUUGCUGAGGCAUGGAUCCCUUAGGGACCAGGGAAUUCAAGUGGGUGAGGACAGUGGCGAACAGCAAGCACUGCACCAUCCGGUCAUGUCUGUCCUGGACAAGAGUGUGGCUGGUGAACAUCCAAUAAGCGACCUAAGUGUUGCUCUCAGAGAACAUCACAGCAGGUGAAGCCCUUGCCACCAAUAAGGCCUACUCGUGCCUCCUGGAACAAGAAAGAAUCCUUGCUGCUGCCGCAAGUUUCCCUCCAGCUGGGGCACCCUGCCCUCUGCCUCCCUUCUCUCACCUCCUCCCUGAGCUCGCCUGCAGGAAGGAGGCCUGCUCACUGCAGGUGUCACUCACAGGCUGCCUCACGCCCCUCUGAGUAGACAGUAGUGAAAAACAGACUCUGGGGGUCAGUGUUGUGACCCAGAGGGUUAAGCCACCACUUGGAAUGCCCCUAACCUAUGCUGUAGUUCUGGUUUAAGUUCUGGCUACACUACUUCCAAUCCAGCAUCCUCACGCAGUUGGGAAGGCAGCACAUGAUCCCCAAGCACUUGGCCCAUCAGCCAUAUAAGGGGCCCCGAUGGGUUUCCUGGCUCUGGCUUCAGUCUGGCCCAGCCUUGGCCAUUGCAUCUGCGGAGUGAACAAAUGGAUGGAAAAUCUGUCUCUCCUGCUCUGUUGCUAUGCCUUUUAAAUAAAUCCGUUUCAACAUACUGGGUUUUGACUUUGUUUUUUGAGAGCCAUGUGACCCUGACCAGGUAACUCACUGAGCUUCGAGUUCCUCUUCUGGACAGCAGGAUAAAAUAACCUAUCAGGAGGGAGAGAGGAAAUGCAAUGUUUCAUCAUCUCAAGGGUUCUGCAACAGCCAGGUACUACAAUGGGGUUCUUUUGAAAAAGUUUUACUUAUAUUUGAAUGGCAGAGCAAGAGAGAGACAAAAAGAGAAAGAAAAAAGAAAGUCUCUUCUAU